AUGAGCUGGAUAUUCCGUUGUUAUAUUCCUCUCUCUCUCUCUCUCUCUCUCUCUCCAAGUAGGUUUUUUACUUCCUUCCCUCGUGUCUGAGCAACAGAUUUUGUUGAUUUGGUUAAGUUCUGGGCAGCUACUUUUCUCAACAGACGGACGAUGAGUUGUUCCUUGAUGGGUCAGCUUGUUUUUCCCUCGGAAAAUGGCCACAAAGUGUGGGAAGACCAGUCUUUCAUCAAGUGGAGGAAGAGAGACCCUCAUGUCACUUUGCGUUGCCAUGAAUCACUCGAGGGAUCUCUUAAAUACUGGUAUGAACGAAAUAAGGUGAAUUUUUUGGUGGCCAACUCUGCUGUUUGGAAUGAUGAUGCUGUGCAUGGAGCGCUUGAUAGUGCUGCUUUCUGGGUCAAGGAUUUGCCUUUCAUUAAAUCUCUAUCCGGGUAUUGGAAAUUUUUAUUGGCCCCCAGUCCUAACAAGGUUCCUGAGAAUUUUUAUGAUAGUGGAUUUCAAGAUUUUGAUUGGGGAACUUUGCCUGUUCCUUCAAAUUGGCAGAUGCAUGGGUUUGAUAGGCCAAUAUAUACAAAUGUUGUCUAUCCGUUUCCUCUUGAUCCGCCAUUUGUCCCUGAGGAGAACCCAACUGGGUGCUACAGGAAAUAUUUCCGUAUUCCAAAAGAAUGGAAGGGUCGUAGGAUUUUCUUGCACUUUGAAGCUGUUGAUUCUGCCUUCUUUGCAUGGGUGAAUGGAGUCCUUGUAGGAUACAGUCAGGAUAGCAGACUACCUGCUGAAUUUGAAAUCACAGACUAUUGUCAUUCCUUUGGUUCGGAGAGUGAGAAUGUUCUAGCCGUUCAAGUAUUGAGAUGGAGUGAUGGAUCUUACCUCGAAGACCAAGACCAUUGGUGGUUAUCCGGUAUUCACCGGGAUGUGCUUCUUCUAGCCAAGCCACCGGUAUUCAUUUCAGACUAUUUUUUCAAAUCAAACCUGGCGAAAGACUUCUCUUAUGCGGACAUAGAGGUGGAGGUGAUAAUAGACAACUCCCUGGAAACACCUAAAGAGAAUGUUCUUUCUAGAUUUACCAUAGAAGCCUCAUUAUAUGAUACUGAAGGCUGGUACAAGAAUGAUGCAUCUGCUGAUCUGAUCUCGUCUAAUGUGGCUAAUAUGAAGCUCAAUAUCUCAUCUACUGCACGUCUAGGAUUUCAUGGUUAUUUGCUUAGUGGAAAAUUGGAGACGCCCAAGCUUUGGUCUGCAGAGCAACCAAAUUUGUACACUCUUGUUGUCAUCCUCAAAGAUGCAUCUGGCAAUGUAAUUGAUUGCGAAUCGUGCAUAGUAGGCAUCCGGCAAGUGUCGAAGGCUCCUAAACAGCUGCUUGUAAAUGGUCGUCCAAUAAUGAUAAGAGGCGUCAACAGGCAUGAACAUCAUCCUCGUUUGGGGAAGACAAACAUAGAGUCCUGCAUGAUUAAGGACUUGGUUCUAAUGAAGCAAAACAAUUUCAAUGCCGUGAGAAACAGCCAUUAUCCCCAACAUUCCCGUUGGUAUGAGCUAUGUGAUCUAUUUGGCAUGUAUAUGAUAGAUGAAGCCAAUAUUGAGACGCACGGUUUCGAUCAUUCUGGUGAUGUGAAGCAUCCUACACUAGAACCUAGUUGGGCUAAUGCAAUGAUGGACCGUGUCAUAGGCAUGGUGGAGAGAGAUAAGAAUCAUGCUUGUAUCAUCUCAUGGUCCUUAGGAAAUGAAUCUGGAUAUGGGCCUAAUCAUUCUGCCUCAGCUGGUUGGGUUCGAGGAAAGGAUCCCUCUCGGUUGUUACACUACGAAGGAGGUGGAUCCAGAACCUCAUCUACAGAUAUUGUAUGUCCCAUGUACAUGCGAGUUUGGGACAUUGUAAAAAUUGCAAAUGAUCCAGAGGAAAAGCGUCCACUUAUAUUAUGCGAAUAUUCUCAUUCAAUGGGAAACAGCAAUGGUAAUAUACAUGAAUAUUGGGAAGCGAUUGAUAACACAUUUGGUCUUCAAGGCGGCUUUAUCUGGGAUUGGGUUGAUCAGGGAUUACUGAAAGAUACUGAAAAGGGUAAGCGUUGGGCAUAUGGAGGUGAUUUUGGCGAUGUUCCUAAUGAUUUGAACUUCUGUCUUAACGGCCUCAUUUGGCCAGAUCGAACUCCUCAUCCUGCCCUGCAUGAGGUCAAGUAUUUGUAUCAACCAAUCAAGAUUUCAUUCUUGGAAGGCACCCUGAAGAUAACAAACACUCAUUUUUUUGAAACAACAAAAGGAAUGGAGUUCAGUUGGUCUGCUCAUGGGGAUGGAUUUGAACUUGGAUCUGGAAUUUUAUCCAUUCCCGUGAUUGAACCCCAGAAUGGUUAUGAUAUCGAAUGGAAAUCAUGUCCAUGGUAUAAUCUAUGGUUCUCCUCAUCUGCAGAGGAAACUUUUGUAACAAUAACUGCUAAGCUUUUGCAUUCAACGCUGUGGGUUGAAGCUGGUCAUGUCAUCUCAUCUACACAAGUCCAGUUGCCUUCUAAAGGAAAGCUUGCUCGUCAUGAGAUCAAGACCAAAGAUGGUACCCUUGUUACUGAAAUUCUUAAGGAUGUGAUCAAAAUAAGCGAGGAGAAUUCGUGGGAGAUAAUACUGAAUUCUCGAACUGGAAUAAUUGAAAGCUGGAAGGUUGGAGGAGUUCUUGUGAUGAAUAAAGGUAUAUUCCCAUGCUUCUGGCGAGCACCGACAGACAAUGACAAAGGAGGAGGAUCCAACAGUUACCUCUCAUUGUGGAAAGCGUCUCGAAUCGACAGCCUUCAUUAUAUCACUGAGAGCUGCUCUGUACAAAAUGUGACUGACCAUCUUGUGCAAAUAGCCGUUGUUUUCCUUGGUGUUCCAAGGGAUGAGGAGGGUUUGUCCUCUGAUUUGGGAAACAGAAAAGUCUUAAUCAAAGUGGAGGUGGUUUACACAAUAAACAGCUCUGGGGAUGUCAUUAUGAAUUGCAAUGUAGUACCAAAAGCAGAUCUUCCACCUUUGCCUCGAGUUGGGGUUGAGUUCCAUUUGGAAAAGUCAGUUAACCAGAUAAAAUGGUAUGGAAGAGGGCCGUUUGAAUGCUAUCCUGACAGAAAAGCUUCCGCCCAUGUCGACGUCUACGAAAAGAAUGUCGACGAGAUGCACGUUCCUUACAUUGUUCCUGGCGAAUGUUCUGGGAGAGCAGAUGUUAGAUGGGCGACCUUUCUAAACAGAAAUGGUUUUGGAAUCUAUGCUUCGAUCUAUGGUAGCUCUCCACCUAUGCAAAUGAGUGCAAGUUACUAUUCAGCAGCAGAGCUUGAUCAGGCAAUACACAAUGAAGAUCUUGUCAAAGGAGACAACAUUGAGGUUCAUCUUGACCACAAGCAUAUGGGGUUGGGUGGGGAUGAUAGUUGGUCCCCUUGUGUUCACAACAACUAUCUGAUUCCCGCCGUUCAGUAUUCGUUCUCCAUGAGGUUGUGUCCUGUAACUCCGGCCACCUCUGGCCAGGAAAUUUACAAAACCCAGCUUUGGAGUUGAGUCAACUUUUGGUUUUUGAUAUUUGACACUGUUGUUGAAAUGUAAGAAUACAAGUUACAUUUGAAUUUUGUGAUCAUUAACCAAAGAUGUUCUCCAUCAGAUCAUUGGGUCUAGUUACAGAGAUUAACUCUUGUUGAUUCUGCCGUUUUAUUCAGAAUGACCUCGAAAUUGUACUUUUCAAGUCACGGUUGGAAUAAAGUGUGCUUGGCAAAAGUUGACUUCUGGUUCCUUUCAAAUAUAUUAUCCAUA